AUGUCCUCAAAGACUACCGGCGGGAAGGGCGGCAAGGCAAAGUCCUCAUCCGAGACCAAGGUCUUGUCGACGCGUUCGUCCAAGGCUGGCCUGCAGUUCCCUGUUGGUCGUAUACACAGGUUCCUCCGUUCCAAGAACUCCAACAACAUCCGGGUCGGAGCCAAGGCCGCCGUCUACGUUGCUGCUAUCAUGGAGUACCUGACCGCCGAGGUCUUGGAGCUCGCAGGUAACGCCGCCAAGGACCUUCGAGUCAAGCGUAUCACGCCCCGACACUUGCAGCUCGCUAUCCGCGGUGACGAGGAGCUGGACUUGCUCAUUAGGGCUACUAUCGCCGGUGGUGGUGUGCUUCCUCACAUCCACAAGUCCCUCGUGUCCAAGACCGCGGGCGGAACUGCCGCCAAGCCCAAGGCGACCGGCGGCAAGGCCUAG